AUAAAUGGACUCCCGCAAUUUCUGUUUCUCUCGCCAACAAGACCUCUCUCUCUCUCUCGCACAACGCGCAUUCGUUCCUUUCCAUUUCGUUUCGUUCUGUUCAUGGAUUCCCCUUCUCGGUACUCCGUCAUCAUCAUCGGUGCCGGUGUCUCCGGUUUAUCGGCGGCGAAAGUGUUAACUGAGAACGGAUUGGAGGACCUGGUGAUUCUGGAGGCUUCGGACCGAAUUGGAGGCAGGGUCCGAAAGGAGGAUUUCGGGGGCGUGUCGGUGGAGCUCGGGGCUGGCUGGAUUGCCGGAGUUGGUGGCAAAGAGUCCAACCCCGUCUGGGAGCUCGCCAAUCAAUCCGGCUUACGCACUCGCUUCUCCGACUACAGCAAUGCCCGCUACAACAUCUACGACCGCAGCGGCAAGAUUUUCCCGAGCGGGCUCGCUGCCGACUCUUACAAGAAGGCGGUGGACUCGGCGAUGCAGCAGCUGAGGAAAGAGGAGGCCGUCAGGGGGGAGGUCCGAGGUAGUGGGUGCGACGUCAGUAGAGUAACCGAACCACCUUCCUCGCCGAAGACGCCGAUAGAGCUUGCCAUUGACUUUAUCCUACAUGAUUUUGAGAUGGCAGAGGUUGAGCCAAUUUCAACUUACGUAGAUUUUGGGGAACAAGAAUAUUUAGUUGCAGACGAAAGAGGGUAUGAGUAUUUGCUAUACAAAAUGGCUGAAGAUUUUCUUUUUACGUCUGAGGGUAAUAUCCUGGACAGCCGUCUCAAACUAAACAAGGUGGUUCGGGAAUUACAGCAAUCGAGAAACGGCGUGAAGGUAUUAACGGAGGAUGGUUGCGUCUACGAAGCCAAUUACGUGGUUUUGUCCGCCAGUAUUGGUGUUCUCCAAAGUGACCUCAUUUCCUUCAGACCCCCCUUACCCAGGUGGAAAAUGGAGGCCAUAGAGACAUGUGACGUGAUGGUGUACACAAAGAUCUUCUUAAAAUUUCCAUACAAAUUCUGGCCAUGUGGACCUGAAAAAGAGUUCUUCAUCUAUGCCCACGAGAGGAGGGGCUACUACACGUUCUGGCAGCACAUGGAGAAUGCAUUCCCUGGUUCAAAUAUCUUAGUCGUAACGUUGACAAAUGGGGAAUCGAAACGUGUGGAGGCUCAGUCAGAUGAAGAGACAUUGAAAGAAGCAAUGGGGGUACUCAGGGAUAUGUUUGGACCCAACAUACCUAAUGCCACUGAUAUACUCGUGCCUCGCUGGUGGAAUAACAGGUUCCAGCGUGGCAGCUACAGCAACUAUCCCAUCAUUUCCAAUCCUCUACUUUUUCAAAAUAUCAAGGCGCCAGUGGGACGCAUCUUCUUUACCGGUGAACACACAAGUGAAAGAUUUAAUGGUUACGUGCAUGGUGGAUACCUAGCAGGCAUUGACACUGGUAAAGCCUUGAUAGAAGAAAUAAGGAAGGAAAGAAAAAGCGAUCAGAGUUCGAAUAAUUUGCUAGAGCCCUUGCUUGCCUUGACUGGGUCGACCUUAACUUUGACGCAGACAGAAGCAGUCUCAAAUCUGCACAAAUGCGAUUUACCUACACAACUAUAUCUUAGUGGCAAGCUUGGUCUUCCAGAAGCCAUAUUAUGACUACAUGGACCCAUAACACUGAAACCCCACUUUGUUGUUAAUGAUGAAAAUCUGACCAACGCAACUGAUCAUCAUCAACAUGGCCGGACAUAUUUGAACCUAAAUUCAGUUCAAUCCCUUGAAUCCAUCCACCACAUGAGUUAAGGUAGAGUACUGCUCAUGAAGUUAGAUGCAUAUAUAUAAAGCACGACAACUGGGGAAGAUCAGGUGCGAAAGGUUGCGCGCAUGCGGACUGGUUCUCCUUGUCGUGUACGUAGCAGUAGCAGCAGAAGCAGCAAUAAUUGGUACUAACGAUUACUAAGGCGACAAUAUUUGGAGUUUUGAAUUUAGGGAAUUGGUUUUGGGCAAAAUACAUAAUAAAAAGCGUUGUUCAUUGUACUAAGAACUGACAUGCAUUGAGGAUAGGAAAGAAAGGCCAUACUUCCAAUUCAAAUUUGACCUUUACUACUUGUUUACACAUGAAAUAACUGAUCUUUCUAUUUCCUCAUGUAUUUCAAUAAAUGGAAAUGCUAAAAGGGUUUCUAAUA